CGGACAUGUUAGCUUUGGAGCUGGCGACGGAAGAGCCUUUUGUGACAACGUGCACUGCUCUUUUUACUUAAUACUCCUCAAAGUAACGGAUAUUUAAGCGAGAAAAUGGUGCAGAAGAAGCCCAAGAAGAAGGUUGGAAAGAAGGUGGCUGCUGCCCCAUUAGUGGUAAAGAAAGUUGAGCCGAAAAAGCAAACGAAUCCUCUUUUCGAGAAACGCACUCGCAACUUCGGCAUUGGUCAAGACAUUCAGCCUGACAGAGAUCUUAGUCGUUUUGUCAAAUGGCCAAAAUACAUUCGUAUUCAGAGGCAAAAGGCUGUUCUUUCAAAAAGAUUGAAGGUUCCUCCUCCAAUCAAUCAGUUCACUCAAACACUUGAUAAGCAAACUGCCACUCAGCUAUUUAAAAUUUUGGACAAAUACAGGCCAGAAACUGCUGCUGCUAAAAAGCUAAGGCUAAAGGCCCGUGCUGAAGAGAAAGUGGCUAAGAAAGAGGAUACACCAACUAAACGACCAAACACUAUUAGAAGUGGAACUAAUACUGUUACUACCUUGGUAGAACAGAAAAAAGCUCAGCUUGUUGUCAUUGCACACGAUGUAGACCCCAUUGAGGUUGUUCUAUUUUUGCCAGCCCUUUGUCGUAAAAUGGGUGUACCUUAUUGCAUUGUUAAAGGUAAAGCACGCUUGGGACGUCUGGUGAGAAGGAAAACUUGUUCUGCUGUGGCUCUCACUCAGGUUGAUUCUGGAGACAGGGCCAACUUCACAAAAGUCAUUGAAGCCAUUAAGACUAACUUCAAUGAUCGUUAUGAUGAAAUUAGACGUCACUGGGGUGGUGGUUUACUUGGUAGUAAAUCUGCCGCAAGAAUAGCAAAAUUAGAAAAAGCAAAGGCAAAGGAAUUGGCACAGAAGCAAGGUUAAAUACAUGUUGUCUGUGAUUUUUAUUAAAAAGUUUAUUACUAAUAAAAACAGACAAUUCUAUAAAAUUAUAUUUUAUACAAAUUUUCAAAUCCCAGCAAACUGGUUUUUUACACAAGAUAUACAUAUAUUAGUAGCA